AUGAAAGAGAAAGAAUUAAAUCAAUUAAAAGAAGACGGUAGAAAACUUGCUGAACAAAUAAAAACUCAAGAUAACGAACUAAAAAGAAUGGAAACAAUGAAGAAAACUUUAGAUGAUCAACAAAAAAACUUAGAACACGAAUUAAAAACAAUUAAUACUAAUUUAGAAAAAGCGAAGAAAGAUAGAAAUGAUUGUUUAAAACAAUUGAAAGAUCAUAAACAAACACUAAAAAAAUAUCAAUCGGAACUUGAAACUGUUAAAGACAAAGAAAAGAAAGCAGCUGAAGCAUUAAAAAAACAAGAAGAACAAGUUACUGCUGCACAAAGAAAACUUCAAAGUUGUACUCAAAAAGAAGUCAAUGCAAAUAAAGAUCUUCAAGCAGCUGAAAUUGUCGUCAAAGAAAAUAAAUUAGCCGUAGAACAUCAACAAAAUUUAUUAAGAAAAGCUGAAAUGGAAUUAGCAGCAUAUGAAGCAUAUCUGGCAGCAAAUCCCAAAGCAUCAAGAGCUGAAUUAUCUACUAAACAAAAAGCUGUUACAAUAUGUAAAACAAAUUUAAGCAAUGCUCAAAAAAACUUAACAGAUAGUGAAAAAUUUCGAGAUCAAAAACGUCAAGAUCAUAAAACAGCACAAGACAAUAAGAAAAAAGCCGAAGAUAAAUUAAACGAAGAAAAAGGAACACUUAAAACAAAACAAGAUGAAUUAAAAACUCAAAAAGAUGAAGUAGAAAAAGUAACAAAAAAAGUAAAUGAUCAAGAAAAAUUAGUAACAAAUACUGAAACACGACAUAAACAAUUAUCUGAUCAAGUAACCAAAAUUCAAAGUGAAAAAGAAACAAAAACUAAAGAAAUUGAUAAGAAAAAAGGUGAAAUAGUUAAUCAACAAAAAAAAAUUAAUACUAUUAAAACUACAUUAAAAGAAUUACAAAACAAACAAACAACUAAUACUAGUAAACAAACAACAACAUCUAAUCAAUUAACAAAUUUAAAAGAAGAACAUAAUAAAAAAAUAACUGAACAUAAAAAGCAAUUUGAUGAUAUCGAAAAAGAUAAGAAAGAUCGAGAAACAAUUAAAAACCAAAUUCAAGAUAAACAAAAUGAACUUAAUAAAAAAGAACAAGAACUUACAAAAAAAUUAAGUGAAGAAAAUAAUAUUAAUGGUAAAAUAGAAAAUAAUCGACAAAAUUUAACAAUGAUUAGUAAAUCUAUUGGUGAAUUAAAAUCUGAUUUACGUGAACAAAAAAAUAAUCAAGAUAAUAUUAAUAAACAAAAAUCUAAAAAAGAACAUGAAUUACAAACAACAAAAAGUACAAUAGACAGAUAUGAAAAUGAAAUUGAACGAAAUGAAAAUGAUCGGCGACGAUAUGAUCGUGAUUUAAAUAUUAAACAACAUGAUUUAAAUGAAAAACAACGUGAUCAUCAACAAUUAAAAUAUAAUUUAGAUCAACAUCAAUAUGAAAUAUCAUCAAAAAAAUCCGAAAUUAUUUAUUAUGAACAAAAUAAAACAAAUUUAGAUGUUGAUUUAACAAAAAAUAGAAAUCAAAUUAAAGAAUUCGAUGGAAAAAUAAAAGAUGUUUCAAAAAAAAUUGAUAAAGAAGAAAAAUCAAAACAAAAUGCUGAACAACAAUUAAAAGAUGCUGAACGUGAUACAAGAUCUACAAAAAGAGAAUUAGAAAAAUUAGAAAAAAAUUUCAAUGAUGUUGAAAAACGUCAUAAUGAAAGUAAUAAUCGACAUAGUCAAGCGAUUAAUGAUUUAACAACGGCUCGUAAUGAUAAAAGUUCGACUAGCAAUAAAUUAACUGAAAAUCAACGAUUUGUCGGUAUACGAGAAUCAAAAGUUCAACAUAUUGCUCAUUCUGUAGCAUUAAAAAGAACUGAAAUGUCGGAAUAUAAAGACAGACAAGGACUAAAUAAUCAAAUUGAUGUCGAAGAAGAAAAUCAAACAGUAGAAAACACCCAAGAAAACAAAAGUUUCCUACCGAGAUUCCAACAACAAUAUCAAGAAAAUCGCCAUUAA